AUGUCCGGGGUUUUGAUCCCCUGGAUCCGCGCUACUCGUCACCAGCUGCGCGAGCGGUUUCGGCGGGACCUUCCAGUCCUGCGUCUGCACUCUGACAGGGGCGGUGAGUUCUCUUCCGGCCUCCUUGCGGAGUUCUGUCGAGACGAGGGCAUCCUCCAGUCGUUCACACUUCCGGCCUCUCCGCAGCAGAAUGGGAUUGCUCAUUGGCCUCACAUUGGCUUGAUCAUGGAGGUUGCUCAUGCCUCCAUGAUCCAUGCGGCUGCUCCCCAUUUUCUGUGGUCGUUUGCGGUCCGAUACGCCGCGCAUCAGCUCAACCUCUGGCCCCGUGUCUCUUUGCCAGAGACCUCGCCCUCACUCUGUUGGACGGGAGAGGUUGGCGAUGCGUCAGCGUUUCAGGUCUGGGGCGCGCUCUCCUUCGUUCGUGAUACCACCGCGAGCAAGCUCUCUCCUCGCAGUCUCCGCUGCGCCUCCCUGGGCUUCCUCGCUGACACCCCGCCGUGGCAGUUUUACCACCCUGCCUCGCGCCGUGUCCUGUCCUCUCAGGACGUCACCUUUGACGAGUCUGUUUGUUUCUACAGGCUCCACCCGUACGCGUCCCACCCAGUCCCCCUGGCGCCUCUCUUCCUGGUGCCACCUAUGGAGAUCUCGUCUGACUCCUUUGGCGCCGCUGAGGGGGGUGACCCCGCCGUUGACGACACGGCGGCCACUCGUCGCUCUCCACACUUGGAGACCCCUCCUGGUUUUCCGCCUCGGCCGUCUUCGCCGCCUCUGCAGCCUGUCGCUGUGGAGACUGGUGCUACUGGGGGUGGUGCCACUUGGGGUGAGGACUCUGGGGGUGCUGAGACUGGGGGUGAGGGUUCUGGAGGUGCUGAGACUGGGGGUGCUGCGAGUCCUUAUGGUGGUGGGGCUGUGGGUGCUCCUAUUGUAGCUGCUGGUGCUGGAGGUGCUGCUGGAGCUGCUGGUGCUGCUGGUGCUGCUGGAGGUGCUGCUGGUGCUGGAGGUGCUGCUGGUGCUGGUGCUGCUGGAGGUACUGGAGCUGCUGGUGCUGGAGCUGGAGGUCCCAGAGGUAUUGAAGCUGCUGGCGCUAGAGGUACUGGAGCUGCUGUUACUGGAGGUGCUGGCGUUGGAGGUGCUGGUGCUACUGGAGCUGGAGGUACUAGAGGCGCUGGAGCUGCUACUGCUGCUGGUACUGGUGGUGCUGCUGGAGCUGGAGACCCUGGAGCUGGUGCUGCUGGAGCUGGAGGUACUGGAGGCGUUGGAGGUGCUGGUGCUGCUGGUACUGGAGGUGCUGCUGGAGUUGGAGGCGCUGGAGGUGCUGGUGCUGCUGGAGCUGGUGGUACUGGAGGUGCUGGAGGUGCUGGAGCUGCUGACGCGCGCCGUGAGCCUGUGUCUCGUCCUGCCUCCCCCGUUUGCACUGUUCGCCGUACUUGUCGUGUUCCUCGUCCUCUUCCUCCACCAGUCCCCGGCACUCACACUAUGGCCCUUCGUCCUUCCUCUCUUCUACAGCGUGUUGCCCUGCCGUCUCCUCCAGCGUCCUCUCUUCCUGACAUUCCCGACCCUCCGUCUGACCUUGCUCGUGCUGCUAGUCCCACUGUCACGCGUCUUCUCGCUACUGUUGUCACUGACCCUUCCUUUGAGUCUACUGUUGCGUCUGCCUUAGUUGCUGAGCUUGUUGACUUUGCUGCUGCGUGUCGUCUUGACUACGCCACGAGUCUUGUCACUUAG